AAGGAAUUCUCAUUGUCGAACCCUAAUUGCCAAAGCGCCUCUUUAUUAGGGUUUAAGGUAAAAGUCAGACGCCUUGCGAUCAGGUAGCCGGAGGUGAAGCGUGACUGAAGAUGUAUCUCCAAUUUUACAUCAAUGAGAAUGGUGACAAAGUUUACACCACAAAGAAGGAGUCGCCUUUGGGUUUGGCCACGCAGUCGGCCCAUCCAGCCCGCUUCUCCCCCGAUGAUAAAUACCAGAGGCAGAGAGUUCUGUUGAAGAAGCGCUUCGGUUUGCUACCAACACAACAGCCUCCUCUGAAGUACUAAAUUAGCCACGGCCUUUCUGCAUUGAGGCUAGGAUAUUGUUCAGCUCUUUUGCUUUGUCGCAGUACAAUUGAAUGUGUUGUCUAUCUAGGCUUUGCCAAGCAGUGAACCAAGAUGUUUGUGGGCUGUAAUAGUGUUGCUGCUGUUGAAAUUAACAUCAAUAUGGAUUUCUAUAA